ACGAGAGUAACCUGGCCUCUGCACUAAAGGAUGCACAACUUUCUGGGGAAAAAAGUCCAGGUAUCAUAGAGCACAUCUGACAUCAAAAAGCUGCAGAGAUGGAUAACCAAAGAGUAAUAUAUUCUGAAAUGAAUCUUGCCAAAAAUCCAAGGAGGCAGAGAAGGAAAUCUAAGGACACUAAAGGCUCCAUUUCAGAAACCAAACAGGAAAUAACCUAUGCUGGAUUAAACCUUCAAAAUGCUGCCCAGGAUCUUCAAGGGGAUGACAAAUCUUACCACUGCAAAGAUUUACUGUUACCUCCAGAGAAGCUCAUUGCUGGGAUCCUGGGAAUCCUUUGUCUUGUCUUAACAAUGUCCACCGUGGUAAUAAGACUUGUCAAUCCCUUACCUCAGGAACAGAAUAAUUCUUCCCAGACAAUAAGAACUCAGAAAGCAUAUCACUGUGGUCGUUGUCCAGAGGAGUGGUUCACAUAUUCCACCAAUUGUUAUUCCAUUGGUAAGGAAUCAAAAACCUGGGAUGAGAGUGUGACGGCCUGUGCUUCUAACAACUCUAGUCUGCUUUACAUAGAUAACGAAGAAGAAAUGAAAUUUCUGGGCUCUCUUUCAAAGUCAGCAUGGGUUGGAGUCCUUCGUAAUGGCAGCCAUCGUCCAUGGGUGUCAAGAAAUGGCUCAACUUUCAAACUUAAAGUAGAGGAAAUAAUAUCUGGUAAACAUAACUGUGCUGUGCUACAGUCUCUCAGACUUCAAUCAGCUGGAUGUGGAUCUUCAAAAACAUAUAUUUGUAAGCACAAGAUUUAGAAGUUUGGAGUCGGCCAGGUGGUGAAAAUUUUCCAAAUU